AUGUGGGUUCUUGAGAAGAUCAGGGAGAGCAUUGAGAGCAUUCCAUUAGAGUUGAGUCAUAUCAUUGGGAAGAGUGAGGAGGAUAUUUUUAUCUCUUCUAAGACCAGACUCUCUCAGAAUCUGCACAAUAACAUCCUUACUCCAGACAAGAUACCAGAGUUCUGCUUGCCCCCAAGGCUCUGCAGGAGAAGCCGGGAGGCAGAGACAACCGCACCUCACCAGCUCUGUCAGAACCAGGUACCAAAGAGCGGCACUUGCUCUGGAAUGACAUGUGAAAAAACGAAGCUUGCAGUGAUAAGGAAUAGUGAUGUAUCAGUGGCUUGGAAGGAUACAAAGAAACCUUUGCCAUUCUCUGCAGAGGGUUAUGGGAUGGCUGGGAUAUACGAGAGCCCAAAUACCCGCAGGAAAGAAUCUAUAUUUCAUUCAAAGUUCCCCAUUUACAUGCUUGACAGAAGCAUUGCUGCUGCAGCUCCUCGGCUCGCAAAGGUUAAAAAGGUGCAGAAGAAACCUAUGUCUGGGAUUUUCCCUCAGUUGUGCAAAAGCCUGUCAGAGACAGGAAGCACUGAAAGUGAAACAUCCAGUGACUCUUCACCCCUCAGUUCCCCUUACACUACUAAAUCCUCCUUCUAUGACCAGUCAGGCAGUGGUCGUCUGAAAGCAGCAACAUCAUGUCCUUUGUUAAUUGGCGGCAGGGAGGAAAUGGGGAGGUUGAGGAGAGAGGUUUUAAGUUUGCAAACCUUUCCCAGUAGCCCUCCCAGCUCAGUUGCAAACUCACUCACUCUUGCCCCACCUGUCCUCUUCCCACUAGACGUUCUCCAGUGCCAGGAGAGACUUCAGCGCGAGCAUGUCGUCCCUUUGCUGGGUCGUGGUAAAGUUCGACUCUCUGCUGAGAGCACCACAUUUUCCACCAACACGCUCUUAUCCCUAUUCACAGUCAGAGUCCGUGUGGUGUCUGUGGAAGGCCUGUGGAGUGAUACGAACCAACAAACUCUGAACUGUGCAGUGAAUCUGUGUUUGACACCAGGGAAGCUGCAGCCACAGAAGAGCGCCACCAUCAGGAACUGCCACAGCCUUGUGUUUAAUGAAGAUUUCUACUUCACAGCACUGAGUCAGGAGGAUCUGCUGGAACUGCAGCUGAGAUUAAAAGUGGUGGAUAAACCUGCAGCUGGAACACUGAGGAGGGGGACAGUGAUUGGGGUGUUCACCAAACCACUGUCUCAGUUACUUAAUCUUCAUAAAUGGGUCUAA